AUGGCUGCGUCUACGUCCAACGCACUGGACGCGCUUGACCUCAUCCGAAACACCAUCUCACAGGCAGCCGACCAGCCGGAUCCUUUGGCUUCCAUACAGCUCUUCGAUGACCAGUCCGCACCAGUCGCAUCCAUCCUCCAAGCGUCUACAGUCAGGAUCGGCGAUGCAUCGUUCAGCAAAGCAGUAACAACGCGACUUGCUCGCUCCAGAGACGAAUUGGCAGCUCGCCUUUCUUCCAACAAUCCACCACAUCCUGACACGGAACCGUCCUUCUUCUACAGCGUCGAAGCGGUCAUCCUUGCGCUUCAGGCACGCGACGAACGUCCAGGUGCCUACCUCGCCCAAGCAGCUACCGCUAAAGUCGCAUCCUUUCCGACACUAGACAGAGCUGCUAUUCUCGACUACCUGCUCGGCAAACGCGAUGAUUGGGCAGGUGUAUUGAAACUAUCCGAUCUUUCCGCAGCAGCAUCAGCGGCCACCGGUACAUCCGCUCUCGUCUCUGCCAGCAACGAAGCACCCACAUCUUCAGACGCGCAGGGCGUAAAACGUCCCUACAAGGUCGAUCUCAAAGACGUCGAGUACGUCAAGCGUGUCAAAUCUCAGUACGAGGUCGUGUUGCGGACAAGGAACGAUGCUCUUCGCGGCAACGUGGCGGGCUUGGCGGGCGGAGCGGCUGUCUCUCGCGUGGCAGGAUCCAAAGUGGCCGACUUUGAAAGCUUCCGUCGCGCCUUUUCGGCCAAGGUAGAAGCAGCGAGAAAAGCAGCAGGCCGAGCACCACCACCGGGUAGCGCGCAAUCAGCGGCUCGUCCAGGCGUCUCUGCCAGCGGUCAAGUGCGCAAACAGCGUGCUCAGGAUCCCAUCGUCGUCCUAUCCAGCUCGCCCACCAGUCUACUCAACAUGUUCAACAUCAAGCAAUUCUUGGAAGAAGGAAUCUUUGUACCGCCGGAAGAGGCGCGUCAGAGAGCUCGUGGUGUAGCCGACCUCGUCGUAUCCAUCACCAGUCGCGGAGGCAACGCGGGUCAAGGAGCCGCCUCCGGUGUCGGCAUUGGUCGUCGAAUUCUCGUCGUCGACAGCGCAGAAGCAGUGACGCGUCUCGGCGGAUCGAGUGCCUCCGCACCAGGUGCCGACCCGUGGAACCGCGUCAUCGCCGUCUUCACAACAGGCCAAGCGUGGCAGUUCAAAACAUACAGGUGGAACGAGCCCAGAGAGCUGUUCAAAAACGUCAUGGGCGUCUACGUGCGGUGGCAUAACGAGCCGCAGAACCCGAACAUUCGCGAUUGGAACGUCGUCGAGGUGCAGGUGGAUCGUACAAAGCGGCACACCGAUAAGCAGGCGGUCAGCCACUUUUGGAGACAGCUCGAGUUUUGGACACAGCGAAGGAAGCCGCAUCUCCUCGCGUAG